AUGGCUCAGGUCUCAGCCAUGUCUCGCUUGACAUUUGAAGUAAUCGUCGGGCAGUAUAAGCCGGAGACAGCACAAUUCUUCUUCACCCAUACGGAUCUCCUCAAGUCCAAAUUGACCUUCUUCAAGAUUUUCCUCCCGAACACCGCCCAAGCAACUGAAAACGAAGCUGGAGAGUUCGACGGUUACUCCACAUACAACACCAGCCUCUAUUCGCGGCAGGAGAAAGCCAGCCUCACCCCUGUCUUUGAGUUCUUGACAGAGGACGUCGAUGCUUUCGAAAACUAA